UAUCGCCAUAAUAUUGUUUACAGAUAUGACAAAAUAUACAACGUCCAUUGAGUUUUUCAGGUAGUUGAUAAUUUCAGUCGAAAAAGCAUAUAUUUAAUAUCGAUGUUAGAGAAGGAGAGAAGAGUCGGUGAGCCCCGAAUGUAAAGCGGGCGGUACGCGCCCGGCGGAGCUGGCGCGGCAAGUCAAUGGCUAAGGGCAUUCACCUUCUCGGGGCUGGCUGUCUGUUGCCCGGGCAACAGACAGUGCGGUAACCCCUUCGGGCGUCGCGCCCUGUUUCAGACGCUCCGCACCGCGCGCAGCCGACGAGCUACGAGGGAGACGAACGGCGCGUGUUAACAGUUUCUCCGAAAACAAGCGCCGUCUCGGUCGAAAGGCAGAAGCGAUGCGCGAACAGGGAGAUUCCGGAAAGUCGAGCGACGCGACACGACGCUUGUCUCUCAGAACGAAAGUCAGUGAUUAGUUCUUUUCGAUGAAAGGUUCGUUCGAGGCAAAGCCUCGUUUCCAAGGAAGCUUUCAUAAGCUCGCAGCAAGGUCAACGUUCAUGCGAAUGAGCGAGUUUGCAGAAGCAUGCCCAUUACGGUGGCGAGUUUUACGGUGAAUACUCGAGUAUAUGACGAUCAAAAGCCGGGCACUUCGGGUCUGCGAAAAGCCGUAAAGGUUUUUCAGCAGGAACACUACACGGAAAACUUCGUCCAGGCGAUAUUGCACGCGCUGGGCGACCAGCUGCCCGGAUGCACUCUCGUUGUCGGCGGCGAUGGGCGGUUUUACGGGAGGGAAGCGGUGAUGAAGAUCAUCCGGAUCGCAGCGGCGAAUGGAGUAGGAAAAUUGAUAGUUGGUCAGAAUGGUAUUCUCUCGACACCAGCUGUAUCAACUAUAAUCCGAAAGUAUAAAACACAAGGUGGGAUUGUCUUAACAGCAUCACACAAUCCUGGUGGCCCUGACGCUGACUUUGGUAUUAAAUUUAAUUGUGACAAUGGUGGUCCCGCACCGGACAUUGUGACAAAUAAAAUCUAUGAAAUUACUAAAACACUCAAACAUUAUAAAACUGUUUCCGACGUUGAUAUAGAUAUUGAUACAAUACAAACUGUAUCAAUUGAUGUUGAUGGUAAACCAUUUAUUGUCGAUAUAAUUGAUUCUGUAAAUGAUUAUGUGGAACUUAUGAAAGAGAUUUUUGAUUUUGCAAGUAUUAAAAAAUUACUGCAAGGUGGUAUUGGUGAUAUGCCUACAUUUCCAAUUCUCAUCAAUUCAAUGAACGGAGUUACAGGGCCGUACGUAAAACGAAUAUUCAGUGAUGAAUUAAACGUUGACAACACCAAUUUAGUAAAUAUAAAACCGUUAGAAGACUUUGGUGGUAUACAUCCUGAUCCAAAUUUAACCUAUGCUGUAGAUUUAGUGUUGGCUAUGAGGGAUGGGCCGUUUGAAUUUGGCGUGGCUUUUGAUGGAGAUGGGGAUAGAAAUAUGAUCUUAGGAAAGAAGGCAUUUUUCGUUACUCCUUCUGAUUCUUUAGCAGUGUUGGCUGCUAAUUUAAAAUUAAUCCCCUACUUUCGAAAGACAGGUGUUAAAGGAUUUGCUAGGUCUAUGCCAACAGCUGCUGCUGUUGACAAAGUUGCCGCUAAGAACAAUGUAGAGUUCUUCGAAGUUCCUACUGGAUGGAAAUACUUCGGUAACUUAAUGGAUGCUGGAAAUCUGUCGUUAUGUGGAGAAGAAAGUUUCGGUACGGGUUCCGAUCACAUUCGUGAAAAGGAUGGUAUAUGGGCGUGUUUGGCAUGGCUCAAUGUGAUCGCAGAACUUGGAAAGUCCGUGAAGAAUGUUUUAUUGGACCAUUGGAAACUUUAUGGAAGGAACUUCUUUACUAGGUACGAUUAUGAAAAUUGUGACUCUGGGAGCGCAGAAAAAAUGAUGCAGGGCAUCGAAACUCUCAUUCAAAAUCCAGAAUUUAUUGGUAAAAAACUGCGAUACGAGAAUAAAGAAUACAUUGUUGAGAAAGCGGACAAUUAUUCCUACAUAGAUCCUGUUGAUGGUAGCAAAGCUAUAAAACAGGGUUUACGGAUAUUGUUUGAAGAUGGUUCUCGUAUAAUAUUCCGUCUAUCCGGAACGGGAAGUUCUGGCGCUACUAUACGUUUAUACAUCGAUAGUUACGAGGAUGAUCCAUCUACUUUCGAGAAAGAAGCACACCUAGUCUUAAAGCCUCUUAUUAAUAUUGCAUUAGAAUUAAGUGAACUUCGUCAACACAUUGGUCGUGAUUUCCCGACUGUGAUUACCUAAAAUUUUAUUUUUAUUCUCUAUUAUUGCAAAAUUAUUAUAUUUUAUUCGAAGGCUAUUUACUCGGAGAAAUUAAAAAAAAACGGGGAAUUUAUCAAUGCAAAUUUAUUUAAGUUAUAGAGAUCGUCUGAUUUGAUUACUGUCAAAUUCGCAAAGCAAUAGCAUAGUAAUUGUUACUGGCGCCAAUGAACGAAUUUUCCAUUUUUAUAAAAUGUUACCAGUUUACGAUUCCAUCCACAUGAGAUAUAUACAUACCGUAAAUAUUGAAUGAACACUAUUCGAUAUGCAUAUAAGAAGUAACGAAAAAAAAAGACGUUUUAAGGUCUAUAUACUAGAUAUUUGUUAAAUGUUAUUGCUGUAAUCGUUACCUUUCGAUUCAUAUCGAUUACAAGGAGACGAACUUAUUUCAAUUUCUGCUAUUACUUUCAACCUCGAAACAACAUUAGCAUUGUUUUCGAACUAUUAAGAAGUGACUAUC